AUGGAGGCACAAUCUUCAUCUUGGCCAGACCUCCAGCCAGAACUCUUUGGACUUGUCCUAAUGCAGCUUCCCUCCUUAGCUGAUCGUGUUCGACUAAGGGCAGUGUGCCGCCCAUGGCGCUCCAAUGCUCUGUUGCAGCUACUGCCACCUCCGCUUCCAUGGCUCACCCUGCUUGACGGAACCUUCCUGACAAUCCCAGAUGGUAAAAUUAUCAGAAUGCUGGGAUCAGAUGAUGCCCGUUGCUGUGGUUCUGCUGAUGACUGGCUCUUCUUUGUGCAUCAUGAUGGUGGGUGCUCAUUGAUGAACCCUUUCUCCAAGGCCACACGGAACCUUCCUAUGCUAGACAUCAAGUGGUUCAAUGCAAGCUCCAGCUAUAAUUCUUAUUUUACUAAGCUGGCAGUGCCCUCGCCCAUGGAAUCAUCACCAGGUUCCCUUGUUGCUGCGUUGAUCUUGGGCAGUGGCAGUACAAUUCGUAUAUUCCAGCAAUCAAUUGGAACCUACUUGGCCAUAGAGAGCAACCUCGGUCGUUUUAACCACCUUUCUGAUAUUGCUUUCUUUAAUGGGAAGUUGUAUCAAUAUUUGAGAUUAAUUGUGGUCUUGAUAAUGAGUUAUCUAGUUGAAUGUUGUGGUAGACUAUUGAUGGUGAUACUGACGGUUGAGUGGGAUUGUGCGUUAAGUCAUGGUCCCAGUCAAGGUGACCGCACUGUGGCAUUUGAGGUCUUUGAGGCAGACUGGAGCGCCAAACCAGGCCAAUGGAGAUGUGUCUCUAAGUUGGGUGACCAGGCACUCUUUGUUGGGAAGCAUUGCUCCAAGUCUUACCCAGCUGGAGGUCACAAUUUGUUUACUUAUGGUGAUGUUUUGUGGCAAGGAUAA